AUGGUGUUUUGUUAUAAAAUUAUAACAGAGUCGCCGAGACGGUCGCGAUGUGCAUCGCCCAGGAAGAGGUCGCCAGUUAGGAGAUCUAGCUUACCUAAUACGAUAUCAGAAUUGAUCAGCUCAUUUGACUAUGUCAAUAAUGAAGAGGUUUGGGGUUCGAUUCCUGAACGAGACUGGAAGCUUUUAGAAGCUCUAGCUCGAAAGAGAGAAGAAAAAGAUGAAAGAGAACGUCUGGCUGAACAGUUCCAGAAGAUGUGGUUGAAGGAGAAAGAAGAACGCCAGAUGGUGGAAGCCGAGACAUCAGAACAGUAUAAACGCUUUUUGCACCAGAAGCGAUCACGUGAGCAAAGCUACAACGAGUUCAAGCGCCUGCAGAGAUCUAUAGAGCAACAACUUAAAAGGGGACAGUUGAUGGACUGCAUUCGACACAAGGAGCAGAGAAGUGCGGAAUUGUUGGCCUGGAGAGAAGAUAGAAAGAUAACAGAUCUAAUCGGUAAAGCAGUAGAAGAAGAAGCUCGUAUACAACUGGCGAAGGACAGAAGAUGUAGACUCGGAGCCGCAGAUGAAUGGAAAAAGCAGGUGGAGCUGGUUUAUACAUUGAAAAAAGUUGAUGAUGCCAGCAAAAGACGAGAUGCCUUCCUAAGAAAUGCUUCACAGCGUCUAGCGAUCUCGAAUGCGCUCAGUUCGUGGGAGACGUCACUGAUACGGCAGGAUCUAGCUGCAGCGGAGGCGCUUCAGCGUGCGCAGGCGCAAGCGCGGGGCGAGGCGGCGCGCGCGCGCACGCUGCGGGCGCGGCGCGCGCGGGGCCGCCGCCUGCUGCGCGCGCGCCGCGCCGCCGCCCUCGCCCGGGAGAUGAGGGAUGCUGUGCGAGGGACCAGG